AUGCGUGUGUUUCAGUUGACAACGGCCCUGGGGUCGAUCGUCGUUUCUGCGGCAGCUCUUACUCCCGAACAGCUUAUUGAGGCUCCAAGGCGAAGUGACGCUGUUCCCAAUCCAUCUGGAGAAGUCGCACUCUUUUCCACCUCUGAGUACUCCUUCGAGACCCAUGUUACAUCAUCAUGGUGGAGUCUGCUGGAUCUGAAGACUGGAAAAGUGACUCAACUUACCAACGAUAGCAAUGUCUCUGAAUUGGCUUGGCUAGGGUCUACUGACUCGGGUUUGUUGUAUAUCAAUGGCACUAAUGCCGAAAUUCCUGGAGGUACCGAGAUUUGGGUGUCAGAUACCUCUGAUUUUGCCAACUCUGCCUAUCAAGCAGCUUCACUGCCAGCGCCACUUUCUGGUCUCAAGACAGCCAUCACCAAGUCUGGAGAUAUUAACUUCUUGGUGUAUGGAGAGUCUUACCCUAAUGGAACAGCAUAUAAUGGAGAGCUUGCUGCCACGCCCCUAAGCUCUGCACGUAUCUACGAUAGUAGCUACGUCCGCCAUUGGGAUACAUGGCUCACGACGAGAUUCAAUGCUAUCUUCUCGGGAACUCUGAAGAAGAAGAGAGCCGGGCAUGGAGCGACACCCCGCUACACUUCUAGUGGAUCUCUCAAGAACCUCGUCGCAGGAGUCAAGAACCUCGAGUCACCCUACCCGCCAUUCGGCGAUUCGUCUGACUAUGACAUCUCCGCCAACGGAAAGUUGGUUGCAUUCAAAAGCAAGGCCCCUGAAUUGCCGCGUGCAAACAACACUGCUUCAUAUAUUUAUCUUGUGCCUCAUGAUGGAUCCAAGAAGGCCGUCGCUAUCAAUGGCCCAGACAGUCCUGGCACACCGAAAGACAUCAAAGGUGAUUCGAGCAGUCCUGUAUUUUCCCCAGAUGGCCGCUACCUUGCAUACCUCCAAAUGCAAGACGUCGCCUACGAGUCUGAUCGCCGCAUUGUCUAUGUUUACACCAUUGACUCCAAGGAUACUAUUCGUACAUUGGCCAAGAACUGGGACCGGUCACCUAGUGCAAUCAAGUGGACUGCUAACGGGAAGGACUUGGUUCUGAAUACAGAGGACUAUGCACGCUCUCGCCUCUUCUUGCUGCCUGCCAAUGCUGGUAACGAUUUCAAGCCUAAGAACUUCACCGACGGUGGCGCGGUGGCUGCAUACUACGGGCUGCCUAACGGAGACUACUUGGUUUCUAGUUCUGCUAUCCAUACUAGUCGCACUGUUUACACCGCGAAGCCUGGCAAGGGCGUCACAGGUGUUAUCUUCUCUGCUAACGAAGUUGAUCCCGCACUGAAGAGCAUGGGUCCAUCAGACGUUGAUGAGUUCUACUAUAAGGGCAACUGGACAGAUAUUCAUUCUUGGAUUAUUUACCCCCCGAACUUUGAUAAGUCGAGGUCAUACCCGCUCCUGUUCUAUAUUCACGGUGGUCCUCAAGGUUCUUGGGCCGACUCCUGGAGCACUCGGUGGAACUACAAGGUGUUUGCCGACCAAGGAUAUGUGGUUGUCGCACCCAACCCAACUGGUAGCACUGGAUUUGGUGAUAAACUCACGGAUGAGAUUGCGAACAAUUGGGGAGGAUACCCUUAUGACGACUUGGUCAAAUGCUGGGAGUAUGUCCGGGACAACUUGGACUUUAUUGAUACCGAUCGUGGUGUGGCAGCUGGCGCCAGCUAUGGUGGCUUCAUGAUCAACUGGAUCCAGGGUAACCCUCUAGGCCGCGAGUUCAAGGCGCUGGUUAGCCACGAUGGUACAUUUGUGGCCGAUGCAAAGAUCUCAACCGAGGAACUAUGGUUUAUGGAGCAUGAGUUCAACGGCACGUUCUGGGACAACCGAGACAACUAUCGUCGGUGGGACCCAUCAGCUCCAGAACAGAUUAAACAGUUCAGUACGCCACAGCUCAUCGUCCACAGUGAUUUGGAUUAUCGGCUUCCUAUUUCCGAGGGUCUGUCGCUUUUCAAUAUCCUGCAAGAGCGAGGUGUUCCAAGCCGGCUGCUUAAUUUCCCUGAUGAAAACCACUGGGUGGUAAACAAGGAAAACAGCCUCGUUUGGCAUCAGCAAGUCCUAGGAUGGCUCAAUAAGUACUCUGGCAUCGACACUCCAGGCUCUAUCAACUUGGAUCACACUACAGUUCCCGUCGUGGAUUAUAAUCCUAAAUUUUAG